GAGGAACAGAGCUCGUUGAGCUUGACCUGCAGAAGUCACUGAGUGAUCAAGGGCCAUUCUCAGUCAUCUUUCACAAACUAACUGAUGUAGUUACACAGGCAGCUAAGGGAGACAACAAAGCAAGGUGUAUGAUUGAUAAUCUAGAGAUGUACAUCAAGGUUAAUCCUGAUGUAGUGGUCUUAGAUCCUCUAAGUGCCGUCAAGAACCUGAUGGAUCGUAAUAUUAGCUAUCAAGUCCUACUAGAUUCCCUCCAAAGUAACCCUGAUAUUCAUAGGAAAGUCAAAGUACCCAACUUUGUUGAAAUCCAUACAACCAAAGAAACGGAGAUUAUGCAGCUUCUACGCAAGGCUCAAGUAGGAUUCCCUUUAGUUUGUAAGCCAUCUCAAGCCCAUGGAUCAGUAAUCUCACACAAGAUGUCUUUGAUAUUCAAUGAAGCUGGGUUAAAGGAUAUCAGGCCGCCAUGUGUAGCUCAAACAUUCAUUAAUCACAAUGCCUUGCUUCAUAAAGUGUUCAUCAUAGGAGAUCAGUACUUUGUAGUCAAGAGACCGUCAGUUAAAAACUUCACAAUAGGAGGCUCAGAUCAGAGCACUAUAUUUUUUGACAGUCAUGAUGUAUCCAAAUUCAACUCAACAUCAUUCCUGAAUGAGCUUGAUGAAACUGAUGCUGAUCAUGUGAUGUUAGAGCCAUGUUCAGAAGUACUUAAAUCUCUAGCAGACUGUUUACACAAUGGUCUUCAGAUGUCACUGAUUGGGGCUGAUGUCAUAGUUGAGAACCAUACAGGCCUUCAUUAUGUCAUUGAUGUUAAUGCAUUCCCAGGCUAUGAUGGUGUACCAGAAUUCAUGCAAGUUUUGUUUAACUACAUUGAGAGACUGAUAGUUAAUCCAAAGACAUCAGAACAUAAUCCAGUCAUUCCUAAGGACUCCAAAGCUAAACAAACUAGUGUGCAAUUAAUGAAUGGAAUUGCACCAACACUCAAAGACUCAAUAGCAAAGGUUGAAGAUUGCACCCUUCAACAAACUGUCAACAAACCUGUUAAGAGACCUCUCAAUGAUGUUGUGGAGAAUGGAACAGACUUGGCAUGCAAAAAAUCUGUGCUUGUAAAUGGCUGCACUCCAGGGUCUAAUGGUGAAUGAAAACCAAAUGUUUGGAGGAUCCAGUCUCUUCUAUCAUCUUCACAUGUUCUCCUUUUUGUCUCGCCCACCAGAGGUGAAGGCGAGACUUAGGGAUCCAAAUGUCGUCCGUCCGUCACAAACCUAAUGACACAUAACUCCACAACCGUAAGUCACUUUUCAACCAACCUUGGAUGGUAGAUGGACUUGGGGGACCUGCAUGUUAUGCUGCAGUCGGAGGUCACAUGGUAAGGUCAAAGGUCAUUUUCAGGUCAACGUUAAAGUUUACAUGCAGGUCGACGUUAAAGUUUACAUGCAAGACUCUCUUAUGACACCUAACUCCGCAACCGUAAGUCGCUUUUCAACCAACCUUGGAUGGUAGAUGGACUUGGGGGACCUGCAUGUUAUGCUGCAGUCGGAGGUCACAUGGUAAGGUCAAAGGUCAUUUUCAGGUCAACGUUAAAGUUUACAUGCAGGUCGACGUUAAAGUUUACAUGCAAGACUCUCUUAUGACACCUAACUCCGCAACCGUAAGUUACUUUUCAACCAAACUUGGAUGGUAGAUGGGCUUGAGGGACCUGCAUGUUAUGCUGCAGUCAGAGGUCACAUGAUAAGGUCAAAGGUCAUUUUUAGGUCAACGUUAAAGUUUACAUGCAAGGCUCUCUUAUGACACCUAACUCCGCAACCGUAAGUCACUUUUCAACCAAACUUGGAUGGUAGAUGGACUUGGGGGACCUGCAUGUGAUGCUGCAGUCGGAGUUCACAUGUUUAGGUCAAAAGUCAUUUUCAGGUCAACAUUAAAGUUCACGUGCAAGGCUCUUAUGACAAGUGUUACUCCAUCCCAGUUAUUUCACAAUGAAGUUUUCUUACAAUUCUGUUGCGUGCCCUCGCAAUUCACAAUAUUUCUGGUUAUUUUCAUAAGUGGGCGAGACACAAAAUUGCUUUUGCCUUGUUCAUGCCAUCAUAGGACUGCCUUCUCCUUACAUAACAACAAGUGGUUUCUUCAAAUACAUCUCACUUUCCCACUUUCAGAAGUGGAUAUGCUUCAGAUUGUGCCAGUUUGUUCAUUUCUUUUAUUCUCUUUGGAAUCUGAAAUAUGAGCACUGUUUUAGAACAGGACAAGUUCUUUUACAUUGUUGCACUUCUUCAAGAUAUCUUUUGACCCUGUUAUCUGAGACCUGUGUUGUUACCAAGGUCAAAUCGUUUUUGCAAUGUAAGACUUGGUUUAUUUCAAGGGAUUAGCAGAACUUUCCUGGCCUGUGAUAGGAUUCUUUAGGCUGAUUUUUUUUUUUUACUUUUCCAUCACCAACUCAUGAAUUAAAAAAACCCAAUUUUCUGUCAGUUUUGUUUUUCUUUACUCUCCGUUUAUAAUGACAAGAAAGCCUUCAUUCUUUUUUAGAGUCUGUUUAUUUGAUAUUGUUUCUGUCGUUUUUGAGGUAUCUAUUUUUGCCCUGUAAUGUAAGAAUAUCCCUGUGUAAAAUUUGCCACAUUUUCUUUCAAACAGUAUAUUACUUGGCAUUAAGUCAGUUGAAUAUGAAUUUUAUUUAUGGGAAGUGGUAAAGUAGUUGUGCAUGAAUUUACAAUGACAUUUCUUGACAAUUCUAGGACAUUAUUAAAGGGUAACAGUACAUGUCCUCUAAUUUGUUUGAGGUAUUGUAAAGGAUCUGGGUGUAUGGUAAAUUAACCAUGAAAUUGGAAGAUGUGUGCUCUUUUCCAAGCCUCAUAUUUUGAUAUUUAGAUUAGAUAUUUUUAAUUUCUUACUCUUUAAACAUAAAGCGAAUAUAUAUUUUCUUGCUGUUGUGGCAAUCGUCUUUACCACAAAUAUACUGAAUGGCGCCCUUUUGAGUUGGAUCGGGGAAAUGGGGAUUGCCUCUGGAUUUUAUAUCAUAGCCGACCGUUAUAUCUCAGUUGUUUAAAAUAGUGUGAUAGAGAUAUGCCAUGGACCCAAUAUGUUUCUGCCACCCUGAUAUCCUGUUCCAUUAUCCUCAAACCACCCCACUUUUUUGUCAUUAAUCAGUAUAAUGGUUCAUAUACUACAUGGUAUGAAACCUUUACAAUUCUUUUACAUGAAAUACAAGUCAAAAUAAGAAUGCAAUCUAAUAACGAAUUGAUUUUGUUUCGAUAAUAAACAUUGGAAAUUGAGUGAAAUACAUCAUUGAAAAAAUACUUGUGCUCAUCUAUUUGAUAUAUGAAGAAAACCUUUUUUUGACGAUAGGAAAUUCUGGAAAAUGACUAGCUGUUGUUGUUGCGAGAGAUGCAAUAAUAUACUUUUUCAUUAUUGUUUUUGAAUUCUUGGCUUCCAAUGUAUAGUAAAUAUUCAAUACAUUACUGUUUGUACUGCUUGAUUUUCUUUGUAAUUCAGUGUGAUUAAGUCCACACUUUCAAAACCUCCCAAAACAAGACAUGCGGUAUUAAGAGAUCUGUUAAAGGCCUAUUUUAUGUCAGAGUAUGAAGCCUGUUUUUUUUUUAUACCAGAGCACUGAUAAAUUCUUGUACAUCAAGAUCAUAAGUCAGUUUAGGAGUGCAUAGGAUAUGAUAAAGACUUCAAUAGCAAAAAUAUUCUAGUAAAAUCCAGUAUUAUCUUGUAAAUUCCAUGUACUUUUUAUGUUUAUUCAAUCAUGCUAUCAUUUGUAAAAGUUGAAGCCUGCCCAUCCUAUAUGCAAAAACAGAGUCGAUAUGCCUUUCUAGAGUUGACUAAAAUUAAAUUGCCAAAUAUGCUUUUUCUACUGACCAUUAUAGAAAAUGUGUCGUGUAGUUCUAAGACAACAGAAUCAUUACUGAAAUGCUCUUAAAACCCCUGGUUGUCAUUGAGUUUCACUAAUAAUAGUAUUCAAAGAGGCUUUGGUUGAUACUUGGCCAGUAUAAAUGUACAUUAUCAAGUCAGCUGUAAAUAUAUCUACACAUACCAGUGGCUUUCAUUUUUCAGGAUGUGUAAAUAUUGUGUCACAAUCAUUAUCUCCAUUUCUUUUAUAAAAAAGCAAGUGUUUCAUCUGAAUUCAGACUCUGAUGUGGGGGAAAUUAUGUGCAAUUUUUGAUACAUAAAUAUGUGUUGACCGGUGAUAUUUUCAUGAUUCAAAUUACUCCUGGUAAAGAUUAUCCAUCAUAAUUCUGUCAUGCUUGAACCUAAAAAAAUUGCAUUGUGUUAAUGUAUUCCCUCUACCGUUACUAGAUUUGAUGAAACAUGGUAUUUCAAUUUGAUUUGAAAGCUUUGAAUUUGAUUUACUGUAUUUUGUUUCCUUUUUACCAGUAACUUUUCCUAUGCAAUAUAAAAAAUUGUGAACAAGUGAAUAUGCAUGCCCAAUAAAUGCUUUUUUUAAAUCUUAAUUUUGAAGCUUAAAAGAACAAUUUCUUUCAAACUUGAUUGUACUGAUCUAAAGUGCCUUGAUGAGAACAGAUUUCCAUAUUUUAAUAAACUUUUUCAAUUUUGAUGUUGUCCAUCAAAGAACAGUGUAAAACGUAAAUAAGCCCAGAAUCUCAAUGUAUAAGUUCAUUGUCUAAACAAUCUUUACGUAAAGUGGAAAUAUAUCUUUUGGUAACUGUUUCUCUGUCAUAUCUCAGAGUUUAUUUAAGAUAUUUAAGCUACAUUUUUUUUUUUUUUUAAUUCUACUUUGAUGAAAAGCUUCAAUACAUGUGAAUUCUUUUUAAAUUGUUAUCUGUGAAUUGAAAGCGUCAAUUGUUUGAUCAUGAAUCAACUUCAUUUCAAGUACUGUUUUUUUUCUCUUUCUCUUUGGUUUAUGAAUGAAAGGUGACUUUCAUUUUUUAUUUUCAGUUUAGGGGUCUAGAAGCCAUGUCUGUGACUGCAAGAUAAUUUACUUUUCUUUUAUAUUGAUUAAUAUUGGGGUUUGUUUUGUCUGGUUUUUAUUACUUGAGUGAAUAUAUAAACUCAUAAAACCAACAAGAUAAUGAUACUCCAAAUUACUUUAGGGAUUGGAGAGAGUGAACUGAUUUUUAGCUCAUCUGGCCCAAAGGGCCAGAUGAGCUUAUGCCGUGGCGUGGCAUCCGUCCACAAUUUAAAAAUGCUUCUUCGCCAUUUUCAAGUCCGAUUUCAAUUCUGUUUGCUUUAUAUGAUAGCACUAGGUGGGGAUUCGAAACUUCUACACAGAAUUUUGACUCAGUUAAUAUGCUAAUUUAUGCGCAUUUUUCAAAAUUCACAAAAAAUGCUUCUUUAUUUGUUGACCGAUUUUGAAUUUUUUGCUUCCAUCUGGUAGAGGUUCACCAAACUUCUACACAGAAUUUUGAAAUUUUGACUAGAACAAUUUUUAUGCUAAUUUAUACAAAAUUAA